AUGUGCCACAACGAUGGUCACCACUCGCCCGUCAGUCCCACGUUCUCCUUUUGGCCACCCUAUAAGGAAGAAGAGGACAACGAAGAAAAGAGAACAGUGUUUGUCAGCUAUCAUGCACAAAGCGCCGCCACUACACCAGCAAGAAUUGCAGAGGGGAAUGGAAUGAAAAUUUCCUACCAUAACAGCAGUCAACCCAAGGCGGUAGAUAAAGGCGGUAGAGGUUUUGCUGGACUCGCAGCACCGGGGACACCAACUACAUCCAUGCUCACAUCGUCUCAUAAACGCCCCACGGACCGACCUUCGGCUCUAGUCUCUCCACUCGCGUCGCUCAAGCGUUCGCGUAGCAGCAACGUUCGAGUGAGUCACUUGCGCAUGAAUCCCGCAACCGUGGGUGCUCCAAGGGCUCUGCUAAAGAAACCACCGCCACCACUACCACCUCCCCCAUCGCCGCAGCCAAUACCACGGCAAAAAUCACAUUCACAGCCACACGCACACAAUUCUGCCAAGAACGCAAUGGCAUGCAGCGACUUGUAUCUCCAGUCUCCGUCGGGAACUAGUAACAAGAAGUCAUAUACCUCCUCGAUCCAUGUCCACGUAAAUCCAGUUGCCCCGCCCAUCACGCUCGAUCUACGUGAACCAACAUAUCAACCAAAUACUGCUUCAAAUUCCACAAGCAAUGCGCUUCCUCAAUGCUCCGAACUACAGGAUUCACAUCCCAAGAGGACACACCACCUGUUCACCUUUUCUCGCUGUCCAUUAGACUUGAGAUACAGGGAAUUGCGGUGCAUGGAAGGCGUCGUUUUCCAAUCGACGCCAGCGAAAAGCACCAAGUUGUCCGUUGAGAAGGAGGCAUUUACCGACACUGAAGUGCCUUUGCCGAGUCCACGCAUCACCCUCGAAUCGUGUGAUAAGAGACGUGAAGAGGUCAUCUCUAGAACCAAGGAAUGUACCAUGUGGAACACCAGGGACGACGUCUUGACGAACGAUGUGACGAUAUUAAAACCACAUGAAGAGGUGUUUCCCUUUAUGCGAGGCACUGGAAACAUUAUUCAGCACUCCAAGGAGAUGACCAAUGACACUCCAAGCCUGAGCAGACUCAGAGUAGUCUCUCUUCGGGAGGGACGCGUGUGUGAAAUUGUGCGUCCCUUCUCACCCUUUCACGCACUCAUCUCCCUGGAGAAUUCGCAGAAAGCAUCUUUACGCUUUCAUGAACCGACAAACAGCAGGGCUGUCGACAGUACUCCAUGCAUUCGGCUUCAUGAAUCAGUGGUUAGGCAUGCAUCACUUGGUCAAAUCCUCAGUGAACCGCUGGCGGAUAAGUCCCGCAAUUUCCCUGCUCCCUCUCCAGAACCGAAAUUCGAUAUACCCCCUGACAGAAUCACCACUCCCCAAUCACCCUACUUGACAGAGAAUACCGUCUACUUCGAGGCACUUGGCAGCCAUUCCACUGCAUUCUGUCCAGAGGGGAGUCCACUCCUGAAUACGAAGGCAGAGGGAGUGGCCGUCUCACCACUGAAAAGAGACACAACACCGACUCCAAAGGAGACGAUGGAGCGCAUCAACAAACUACGUAGCAUCCUUCGAGUUGAUAAAAAGUUCUACCCACUUCAAGUGGAUAAAUGUGUGCAGGUAGAGCAGCCUGCAAGAAGGACUCUGGAUUCGUGGCAGAUAUCGAAGGAGUGUCAGGUGAAUCAACUACCCUCGGAUUUGUGGGACACUGCGACCAUCAGUGACACCUCAACCCACUCCUUCAACGAGCAUGAUGAUGUGGUCACCAACAUUGUUGAAGAUUACGGAGAUUGUGAGCCACUGCCAUCUUUCCGCGGACGUCCUCAACCACAAGAAAACGCCUCCUUUCCACUCCUCAUGAUGCGGCAGGAGCACAGGCUGCGCAAGCCAUCAUCCAAAUUUGUCCGCCGCCGACGCCGUACUAAAAUUCCAACUGUGAAGAUGGAAGAUGAAAGGGAUGCGGAAAUUACCUCAGGAGCGCCAUUCGUGGCAUCCCGAGCGAUCAGAUCUAUGUCGGUGGACGAGAGGCGGUGUCUGCCAUCGGCAGAGCAGGGAUCAACCUUUUCUGCCAACGAAUUCUCACCUCCAGUUUCAGCUACCACGUCGGCAACACGCUGGGAGGAGUGCAUAAACCGAGUGUACGCACGACGCAGAUAUCAUUCCGUCUCAAACAAUACCCACAUCCAAUCUUCUCGGCCAAAGCAAACCUCUCGCAAAUCCUGCACCAACGAUCGAAAGAGGCUGCAAGACUUGAGGUGCAGUUUAAUGAGGCAAACAUUUGCAUCGGCUCAACGAUGUAAAGCCAGUCAACCUAAUUAG